CAGCCCCAGUGCUCAGGCCAGCGUGACGUCACCAGGCAGAGAUGAGUUCCCAGUGGGGAUGGGGGAGGCUCCUGAACUGGGCUUUCCUUCCUCAAGCCUCAUCACUGUUCAGACACUCCUCCUCUUCCUCCUCCUCCUUCUCCUCCUGCUCCUCCUCCUCCUCUUUCUCCUCCUCCUGCCCUCCCUUCCCCCUUCUGCUGGGCCUGGAAUUGGGUUUGGGGCGGGUUCUGUUUCCAAAGCCAUCUCCAACAGGCCAGGCGGGUGAGGGCUCAUCCUCCACCCUGAGCCCAAAUUUUCCAAGGCUCCAGGCAGCACUUGGUCAGCCUGCUGCCCCGUGGGUCAGCAAGCUCGGAGUGCUGGGAGGAGAUCUCUGCAAAGGGAAGGCCUCGGAGGAUCAGGACAGCCACAGGCUCUUGCCAGGCAGGGACGUAGGUUUGUGAGCUCCCAACAGGAGCCUGGACUCCGAAGUCUUGAAGAUGGCCGGAAACUGCUCAUGGGAGGCUCACGCUACCAACCAGAACAAGAUGUGUCCUGGUAUGAGCGAGGCUCCGGAGUUCUACAGCAGAGGCUUCCUGACCAUCGAGCAGAUAGCCACGCCCCCUCCGCCCGCCAUCACAAACUACAUCUUCCUGCUGCUUUGCCUGUGUGGCCUGGUGGGUAACGGCCUGGUCCUCUGGUUUUUCGGCUUCUCCAUCAAGAGGACGCCCUUCUCCAUCUACUUCCUGCACCUGGCCAGCGCUGAUGGGGUCUACCUCUUCAGCAAGGCUGUGAUUGCCCUCCUGAACACGGGGGCCUUCCUGGGGUCCUUCCCUGACUAUGUGCGCAGGGUGUCCCGGAUCGUGGGGCUCUGCACGUUCUUCGCAGGUGUGAGCCUCCUGCCGGCCAUUAGCACCGAACGCUGCGUGUCCGUCGUCUUUCCCACCUGGUACUGGCGUCAGAGGCCCAAGCGCCUGUCUGCUGGAGUCUGUGCCCUGCUCUGGCUGCUGUCCUUCCUGGUUACCAGCAUCCACAACUACUUCUGCAUGUUCCUGGGCCGAGAGGCCUCAGGGACAGCCUGCCGCAACAUGGACAUCUCCUUGGGCAUCUUGCUGUUCUUUCUCUUCUGCCCACUCAUGGUACUCCCCUGCCUGGCACUCAUCCUGCAUGUGGAGUGCCGGGCACGGCGCCGCCAGCGCUCUGCCAAGCUCAACCAUGUGGUCCUGGCUAUUGUCUCUGUCUUCCUUGUGUCCUCCAUCUACUUGGGAAUCGAUUGGUUCCUCUUCUGGGUCUUCCAGAUCCCGGCCCCCUUCCCUGAGUACGUCACUGACUUGUGUAUCUGCAUCAAUAGCAGCGCCAAGCCCGUCGUCUACUUCCUGGCUGGGAGGGACAAGUCUCAGCGCCUGUGGGAACCUCUCAGGGUAGUCUUCCAACGGGCUCUACGGGAUGGUGCCGAGCCAGGGGAUACAGCUAGCAGCACACCUAACACAGUCACUAUGGAGAUGCAGUGCCCCUCUGGCAAUGCAUCAUGAGAGGCCAGGGUCUGGGGCAAGGCUGCAGCAGAGAGCGGCCAGUAGCUUCCAGAGACACUCUGCCCAAGAGCAGAAGAAGCAGGGCACCUGCCCCUGUGCCACCGGGGAGAAGAGCUGCCUCUAGCACAAGGCAUCUGCCUCUUGCCAGGCGUGGCCCAGAGACUGAGCAGCCACCUGUGGACAGACCCUGUGGCCUCUGCUCCCCAGCCAUUCUGCUUCUGUGACUCAUUGUACCAAAGUUGCUCUUACCAGUGUGGUGGGGUCCCUCCUCAACAGAAGUUCCUCAGUGGAGGUGAGCAGGAGGCCAUCUGCCUCUUCAGUCAUCCCUCCUCAAACGUGACUCAGUCACCGUCACCCCUACGGGGACAGCAGCCUCAGCUCUACCUGCAAGGAGUCGUCCAGCCUCCCAAGACAGCGUCUGAAUUAACCCGAGAGAAUGGUGCUAUCUGGAAGAGGGGCCUGUCCACCUGCCUCGUAGCCUGCAGACAAGUCCCUGUCCCUUUGAUGAGUCAGCUGGUGACUUGAACGGGGUAGGACUUGGCCCUGGCAAGCCAUGUGAGACAGGAAGGACCUUUUGCCUCUCUGGGUAGCUGACUGCUUUUCUGACACCCCCAGCCAGCUCUGGGCAGCUGACCACGCACUUGGUGUCUUUCAGGCCACUGUGGUCCAUUGUGGCAGCUCCCUACUAAGUCCCCAAACUCCAGUGCCCAUUUCAAAGUGGAUCUGGUUCCAUCCUGGCCCCCUGGGAGCUGCCACCAUGGUGUCAUUCGUCAUCCAGCACAGUGGCCUGUGUAGCCAAAGGAAGUUUUAUAACAGAUAAUAAAGUAUAUAUCAAUACACAUU